AUUGAGAACUCGGAAAGCAGCAGGUUAACAUCUAUGAGCAGAGCCCUCUUGAAGACUUUUGCUCUCUCUCUGCUGGAUUUACUCACUUUUCCUUUUGCUGAGGAUAUUUUUUUGAGAACAUCUGGAGUACCAAACUGCGGAUCUAUGCGCACCCUACGUGGGAGUCAACGGCAUUUGUGAAGUUGAACAGGAGGAAUGUAUCGUUUCUUUGUGAAACUAUCAUUUCUGAUUCCUGCGAUCGUCAUCACACAAGGUCUUAAAUGCUCCCUGCCCACUGAAUCAUGCCUGAAUGGAGGAUGGUGUGAAGCCACCUCCAAUGGAAAUGGAGAAUGCAAGUGUUCCAGUGACUACGUAGGCAACCGCUGCCAGUUUCCAAACCCAUGCAGCCCAUCACCCUGCAGAAAUGGCGGCGAAUGCCGAGCUGUUUCCCAUGGCAACACCUUUGAUUUUAGGUGCGUGUGCCGCCUUGGGUUCAGUGACCGGCUAUGCCUGACCCCCACCAACCACGCCUGCAUGAGCUCCCCGUGUCGCAAUGGGGGGACAUGUGAUCUCAUUACCCUCACUGCAUACCGAUGUCGCUGCCCUCCUGGGUGGUCAGGGAAAUCCUGCCAGCUCGCCAACCCAUGUGCCUCCAAUCCAUGCGCAAAUGGCGGCCAGUGCUCUGCCUUCGACUCCACCUACAUCUGCACCUGCCCACCUGCUUUCCACGGUCAAACCUGCAAGCAAGACGUCAAUGAGUGCGCCUCACUUCCCACACCUUGCCUUAACGGUGGUGUGUGUGUGAAUGAGGUAGGCUCUUACCACUGUCGCUGCCCUCAGGAGUACACAGGCCAACACUGCGAGAACACCUACAUGCCCUGCAGCCCGUCACCGUGCCAGAACGGAGGCACGUGUGUGCAGAAGGGAGAAACCUCAUACGACUGUAGCUGUCUGCCUGGCUUCACAGGUCCUCAUUGCGAGCAUAACAUCGACGACUGUCCGGGUCACAACUGCCAGAACAGUGGCGUGUGCGUGGAUGGUGUGAACACCUACAACUGCCAGUGCCCGCCUCAUUUCACAGGUCAGUACUGCACUGAGAAUGUGGACGAGUGUGAGCUGAUGCCCAACGCUUGCCAGAAUGGAGGGACGUGCCAUGACACUCACGGCAGCUACCACUGCGUCUGCGUCAACGGAUGGACGGGAGAUGACUGCAGCGAGAACAUCGACGACUGUGCCAGCGCUGCUUGUUAUCAUGGCGCUACCUGCCACGACCGUGUCGCCUCCUUCUUCUGCGAGUGUCCUCAUGGGAGCACAGGUUUGCUGUGCCACCUUGAUGACGCCUGCAUCAGCAACCCGUGCCAAAAGGGCUCCAACUGUGACACCAACCCGGUCAACGGCAAAGCUAUCUGCACGUGCCCGCCUGGCUACACUGGCUCAGCCUGCAACCUGGACAUUGACGAGUGCUCCCUCGGUGCCAACCCCUGUGAGCAUGGCGGUCGCUGCCUUAACACCAAAGGCUCUUUCAAGUGCAAGUGUCCCCAAGGAUAUGAAGGACCACGCUGCGAGAUGGACGUCAACGAAUGCAUGUCCAAUCCUUGCAAUAACGACGCCACUUGCCUAGACCAGAUCGGAGGGUUCCACUGUAUCUGUAUGCCCGGCUAUGAGGGUGUGUUCUGCCACAUCAACACAGACGAGUGUGCCAGCCAACCUUGUCUCAACAAUGGAAAGUGCAUCGACAAGAUCAACUCCUUCCACUGCGAGUGCCCCAAAGGUUUCUCAGGGAAUCUGUGUCAGGUGGACAUAGAUGAGUGUGCCAGCACGCCCUGCAAGAAUGGAGCCAAGUGCACGGAUGGUCCGAACAAGUACACCUGCGAGUGUGCUGAAGGCUACACAGGUCAGCACUGUGAGACUGACAUCAACGAGUGCUACUCUGACCCCUGCCACUACGGCACCUGUAAGGAUGGCCUGGCCUCCUUUACCUGCUACUGCCGCCCUGGCUACACCGGUCGUCUGUGUGAGACCAACAUCAACGAGUGUAUAAGCCAGCCCUGUAAAAACGGUGGCACUUGUCAGGACAGAGAGAACACCUACAUGUGCGCCUGCCCCAAAGGCACUGCAGGUUUCAACUGCGAGGUGAACCUCGAUGACUGCAAGAGCCAACCCUGCGACUACGGGAGGUGCAUCGACAAAAUCAAUGGCUACGAGUGUGCAUGCGAGCCAGGUUACACAGGAUCAAUGUGUAACAUCAACAUCGAUGAGUGUGCCAUCAACCCCUGUCACAAUGGUGGAACGUGCGUGGACGGCAUCAACAGCUACACCUGCCUGUGCCCAGAUGGCUACAACGACGCCACAUGUCUGUCUCAGGUGGAUGAGUGUGGGAGUAACCCCUGCAUCCACGGACGAUGCCAGGACCUCAUCAAUGGCUACAAAUGUACCUGCGACUCUGGCUGGAGCGGUCCAAACUGUGACAUCAACAACAACGAGUGUGAGUCCAACCCGUGCAUGAACGGGGGAACCUGCAAAGACAUGACCAGCGGAUACCACUGCACAUGCAGAGCAGGCUUCACCGGACCUAACUGCCAAACUAACAUAAACGAGUGUGCCUCCAACCCCUGCCUCAACCAGGGCACCUGCAUCGACGAUGUGGCCGGAUACAAGUGCAACUGUCAGCUGCCCUACACUGGUGAAAACUGUGAGACCCUGCUGGCCCCCUGCAGCCCAAGACCCUGUAAAAAUGGUGGAGUCUGCAAGGAGUCAGAAGACUACCAGAGCUUCUCCUGCAUUUGCCCUGAAGGAUGGCAAGGUCAAACAUGUGAGAUUGAUAUCAACGAAUGUGUGAAGAGCCCAUGCCGGAACAAUGCUGUUUGCCAUAACACUAUGGGUAGCUAUCAGUGCAAGUGCCAGCCAGGUUACACCGGCCAGAAGUGUGAGACUGACACUGACGACUGCAAACCAAAUCCCUGCAGUAACGGUGGUCUGUGCCGCGAUGGCAUCAACACUUUCACGUGCACGUGUUUGCCUGGUUUCCGUGGGGGCAGGUGUGAGCAGGAUAUAAACGAAUGUGAGAGCAACCCCUGUAGGAACGGGGCAAACUGCACCGACUGUGUCAAUAGCUACACCUGCACCUGCCCUCCUGGCUUCAAUGGCAUCAACUGUGAGAUCAACACCAACGACUGCACUGACAGCUCUUGCUUCAACGGGGGAACCUGUGUGGAUGGAAUCAACGCGUUCACCUGUCUGUGUCUACCUGGAUUCACCGGCAGCUACUGCCAAUAUGAUAUCAAUGAGUGUGACUCCAAACCUUGCCUCAAUGGAGGCUCUUGUCUUGACAGUUAUGGGACGUACAAAUGCACUUGUCCCCAUGGAUACACUGGAGUCAAUUGUCAGAAUCUUGUGCGCUGGUGUGAUUCAUCCCCUUGUAAAAAUGGAGGCUCAUGCUGGCAGCAGGGAGCCUCUUACACCUGUCAGUGUCAGACUGGAUGGACUGGUCUCUACUGUGACAUUCCCAGUGUGUCUUGCGAGGUCGCAGCCAAACAGCAAGGUGUGGAGGUGGCUCACCUGUGCAGGAACUCAGGUCAGUGCCUGGAUGCUGGAAACACGCAUUACUGCCGAUGCCAGGCCGGCUACACUGGGAGUUACUGCCAGGAACAAGUGGACGAGUGCUCACCAAAUCCUUGCCAGAAUGGAGCCGCCUGUACGGAUUAUCUGGGAGGCUACAGUUGUGAGUGUGUCCCUGGCUACCACGGUGUGAACUGCUCCAAAGAGAUCAAUGAGUGUCAGUCACAGCCCUGUCAGAACGGAGGCACCUGCAUCGACCUCAUCAACACGUACAAGUGCUCCUGCCCCAGAGGAACACAAGGUGUCCACUGUGAGAUAAACUUGGAUGACUGCACUCCUUCAACCGACCCACUGACCAACGAGCCAAAGUGCUUUAACAACGGCAGGUGUGUGGACCGCAUAGGAGGAUACCAGUGCGUGUGCCCAGCAGGCUACGUAGGCGAGCGCUGUGAGGGUGAUGUCAACGAGUGUUUAUCCGACCCAUGUGACCCAAGAGGGUCGUACAACUGCAUUCAGCUCACCAACAGCUACCGCUGUGAAUGCCGUACGGGAUAUACAGGUCAGCGAUGUGACAAAGUGUUUGACGGCUGUAAAGGAAGACCCUGCAGGAAUGGAGGAACAUGUGCUGUCGCCAGUAACACACCUCAUGGUUUCAUCUGCAAGUGUCCACCUGGCUUCACUGGCUCUUCUUGCGAGUAUGAUUCACGCACCUGCGGGAGUCUCAAUUGCAGGAAUGGUGGUACAUGUGUGUCAGGCCACCUAAGCCCACGCUGCCUGUGUCCAGCAACCUUCACCGGGCCUGAGUGCCAAACCCCCACUGACAGCCUCUGCAUCUCAAACCCUUGCUACAAUGGUGGAACAUGCCAGAUCACACCGGACUCGCCUUUCUUCCAAUGCAGCUGCCCCAGCAAUUUCAACGGCCUGCUUUGCCACAUCCUGGACUACUCCUUUGUGGGAGGUUUCGGUCGGGACAUCACCCCGCCUCCGAAAGUUGAGGUGAGCUGCGAGAUUCCUCAGUGUGACGAGUGGGCAGGGAACCAUAUCUGCGACUCGCUGUGCAACAACCAUGCCUGCGGCUGGGAUGGAGGAGACUGCUCGCUUAAUUUCGACGAUCCUUGGCAAAACUGCUCGGCAGCUUUGCAGUGUUGGCGCUACUUCAACGACGGGAAGUGUGACGGCCAGUGCAACAGCCCUGGAUGUCUCUACGAUGGCUUUGAUUGUCAGGGACAGGAAGGACAGUGCAACCCGCUCUAUGAUCAGUACUGCAAAGACCACUAUGCAGACGGUCACUGUGACCAAGGAUGCAACAAUGCAGAAUGCGAAUGGGAUGGCCUGGACUGUGCCAACAACAUGCCCGAGAAGCUAGCAGACGGUCACCUCGUUUUGGUGGUUCAUAUCCCCCCAGAACAGCUCAAAAACCGUUCGUCAACCUUCCUCAGAGAGCUCAGCAGCGUUCUGCACACCAACGUGGUGCUCCGCCGUGAUGCCAAAGGAGAACCGAUGAUCUUCCCUUAUUACGGGAAUGAACAGGACCUCGGGAAGCAUAACGUGCUAAAGCGCUCUGCAGAAGGCUGGCCUGAGUGGGCUACCGUGCCAGCUAGUGUUUUGGGUCAGAUGAAGGAAAGUGUGUCCGCCAUGGUGAGCCCUCGGAAGCGCAGAGAACUAGAUCCUUCUCAAGUCAAAGGGUCUGUAGUGUAUCUGGAGAUCGACAACCGUCAGUGCUACCAGCAGUCAAGUGAAUGCUUCCAGAGUGCCACAGAUGUAGCUGCAUUCCUUGGAGCACUAGCAUCCAGUGGGAAUCUCAAUGUUCCCUACAUCGAAGCUGUCACCAGUGUGAGACCUUCCCCCGCUGGUCCAGAGCUCUACCCCAUGUACGUCGUCUUCCUUGGUUUGGCCGCUCUUGGUUUUGUCUGCCUCGGUGUUCUGGUGUCCCGUAAGAGGCGCAGAGAGCACGGCCAGCUCUGGUUCCCUGAGGGGUUCAAAGUGUCCGAGCCGAGCAAGAAGAAACGCAGAGAGCCGCUGGGAGAGGACUCUGUUGGACUGAAGCCUAUGAAAAAUUCGGACAUCAACCUUAUGGAUGACAAUCAAAUCGAAUGGGACGAUGAGGAUCCAGACUGCAGGCGCUUCAGGUUUGAGGAACAGUCCAUGUUGGAUUUGAGUGACAAUACUGACCACAGAAAAUGGACUCAGCAGCAUCUGGAUGCAGCUGAUUUGCGUAUUGCUUCAAUUGCCCCAACCCCUCCUCAGGGAGAGAUUGAAAACGACUGCAUGGAUGUCAAUGUUAGAGGACCAGAUGGUUUUACACCCCUGAUGAUCGCUUCCUGUAGCGGCGGAGGCCUGGAGACGGGUAACAGUGAAGAGGAAGAAGACCCCUCUGCUGAAAUCAUCUCAGACUUCAUCUACCAAGGCGCCAACCUUCACAACCAGACUGACCGCACAGGCGAGACCGCCCUCCACCUGGCUGCUCGGUACGCUCGCUCUGAUGCUGCCAAACGCCUGCUGGAGUCCAGCGCUGAUGCCAACGUUCAGGACAACAUGGGUCGCACCCCGCUUCAUGCUGCUGUGGCUGCUGAUGCACAGGGAGUGUUCCAGAUCUUAAUCCGAAACCGCGCCACUGAUCUUGACGCCCGAAUGCAUGACGGAACAACACCACUGAUACUGGCAGCCCGUCUGGCGGUGGAUGGCAUGGUGGAAGAGCUUAUCAACUGCCAUGCUAACGCUAAUGCCACCGAUGAUUCUGGUAAAUCUGCUCUUCACUGGGCCGCGGCUGUAAACAAUGUGGAGGCUGCUAUGGUGCUGCUGAAAAAUGGUGCCAACAAAGACAUGCAAGACAACAAGGAAGAGACACCGCUCUUCCUUGCAGCUCGUGAGGGCAGCUUUGAAACAGCCAAAGUUCUCCUGGAACACCUUGCCAAUCGUGAGAUCACUGACCACCUUGACCAGCUGCCCAGAGAUAUCGCCCAGGAGCGCAUGCACCAUGACAUCGUCCGUCUUUUGGAUGAGUACAACAUCGUCAGGAGUCCCGGGCUGCACAAUGGUCCUCUGAGCACGUCCAGCCUCUCCCCACCUCUUUGCUCCCCUAAUGACUAUCUUAGCAACCUUAAACCCUCACUCUCUGCCAAGAAGGUUCGCAAACUCAGUUCUGGUAAAGGAGGGAAGGAUGGAGGUAAAGAUAGUAGAGUGAAGAAGAAGAAGUCCUUAGAUGGAAAGGGUAACUUGCUUGACUCGUCAGCUGUCCUCUCCCCGGUUGAUUCCCUUGAGUCGCCGCAUUGCUACCUGUCUGAUGUGGCCUCUCCUCCGAUGACAUCACCCUACCACCAGUCACCUCCGAUGUCUUUGAAUCACCUUCAAGGCAAUGGAGACUCUCAUAUGGGCCAGAUGAGCAUGGGUAAAGAUAUGGGCUGUAUGUCUUAUGACCCUACCUUACCCCGCCUCUCCCAUAUGCCUGUGUCCAGCCCCAAUGGUCAGGGCGUUACAUCCAUAGGUGGCAACAGAGGAGGCCAGUGUGACUGGGUCUCCAGGAUGCACCCGGUUGUAGGCCAGCAAGGAGGUUUCACCCAGGCACAACAAGUAUCCCACAACAUGAUGGGUGCUCUGAGUGGCGUCAGCACUGCCACUCUGUCACAAAUCAUGGGCUACCAGAACAUGCAGACCAGCCACCUCGCUUCGUCCGCGCAUAUGAUGCAGCGGCAGCUCCAGCACCAGAACUCCAACUCCGCCACAGCCCAGUCUCUCAACCAGAGCUUCCCAAACGUAGACCUGAACGGCUCUGACAUGCAGCAAAACAACUCUCGCUCUAUGCCAAUCCACACCGUAAUGCCGCAGGAGACUCAGAUCCUCGGCACUCAAUUCCUCACCCCUCCUUCCCAGCAUAGUUACUCCGGCCCCAUGGACAACACACCCAACCAUCAGCUACAGGUGCCCGACCAUCCGUUUUUAACCCCCUCCCCUGGCUCCCCUGACCAGUGGUCUAGCUCGUCCCCACAUUCCAACAUGUCCGAUUGGUCUGAAGGCAUCUCCAGCCCGCCUACAAGUAUCCACUCACAGAUGAAUCUGAUCCCAGACCAGUUCAAAUAGAGACUUUUAAAACAGAUGGAACUCUUACGUGGGGAGAAUAUCUGAACAUACAAGAGACAAGUGACAAAACUCUCAAGACUGAACGUGCUCCUUUUUUAUUGUCAGUUUUUAUACUAACGACAAGAACCGUUGUAGUAAUUUUGUAUUUAUUUAUGUGCUUUUUUUGACCUGAAUUAUAAAGAAGAUUCUUUUAUAUUUAUGCUUUUUUAAGUUUUAUUUGGUUCUGUUAUGAAAGGUAAGGUUAGAAACUGUUUUAAAGGAGUGUGUAUCAAAAGAAAAGUCUCCUUGAUGUGUACACUGGCUAUUUAUUUGUGUUUCGUCUUGCUUUAUUCACUGGAUUUAUUUCAAUCUUUUGAUGCAUCGACCUUCUUAAAUUUUAUUUUUUGGGAAUUACAUUGAGUUAUAUUUGUACAGAUUUUUUUCAGCGAGUAUAGAUUAUUUUAAAGUUUUCAGUAUUAAUUAAUUAUAUCUUAACCUUCUUUGUCUUUUUACGUGACGCAGGUUUUGUUACUGAACUACAUUUCACUAAGUCUUAUCACUGAGUCUGUGUUAGAUGAUGAUCAAAUAUGUAUUUAAAAAUGUCAUCUUUCAUGUUGUUGCUUGCUACGCUGUCUUCUUUCAGCAGAACUGUAAAGAUGGCGGAGGAUAUCUGACGUUGGAGAUUUGGGACCUUAAAGCACAGAAAAAUUUCCCCUAUAGGUUGAGCGAUGUUUUUCGCAGUGAGCGUUUAAAAAGCAUCCAAAUCAACCUGAGCCUAUUUUUCAUUAAUGGUCUUGGCUGGUGCUGAGUCAUUGAUUUCUGAUCAAUAAUGAAUGAAGAAUGUUUCUUUCUUUCAUGUUGCAUCUCUAAUCAGUAAUUAUGGUUACCAUGUUUAACCUGUGUUAAAUAGCAGACCUAUCGUAGAAAGUUGUUACAUUUGCCACAGUUUAAAAUAGUGCCAGUGUGAUUUUGGUUUUUCUUAAGGAAAAGCAGCAUAUUUGUGAGAUUUCAUAUAUAGAAAAAAAUUGUUUUCAAGGUGGAGAACAUUUUUCGUGAAUGAAAUGGGGACCUUUGUGUGUGAGUGUGUGCGUGUGUGUGCGUGUUAAAUGACAUCACCUGCGCUUAUUAAAGGAGUGUGGUGAAAGAUGUCUAAAUGUCAUGUUUUAUAAACUAAUUCAGAGAUAAAGAAGAUUUAAGAAAAGAUGUAAUUCAAAAUCAAUGUCCAUGCAAAGUUGUAGUUUGCAAAAAAGUAUUUCCUGCUUUAAAAUGUUUUGUACAAAUUGUCUUGAUUCAAUAAAAGCUACUGUCAAACUUUAA